AUGAAAACAGACGUGGAAAGCCUUUGGGUUUUCGCUCUAGCCUUCAAAUUCAAAUCCUUAUUUUCCACAAACUUCGCAUGUUUUACGUUACUCUUGGUCCUAACAUGGCUUGCCAUAAAUUUUAUAUUUUGGGCACAUCCUGGAGGCCCUGCUUGGGGCAAACACAAAUGGAGAAAAUUCAUUUCAAUCCCAAUUAACAAGCCUAUUCCGGGUCCAAAGGGUGCUCCAAUUAUUGGGAGUAUGAAACUGAUGAUGGGUUUAGCUCACCACAAAAUUGCAGCCAUGGCUCAAUCCUUCCAGGCCAAACGUCUAAUGGCGUUUAGCCUUGGCGAAACACGAGUAAUCGUCACGUGCAAUCCCGAUGUAGCGAAAGAAAUUUUGAACAGUUCUUCGUUCGCUGAUCGCCCGGUGAAGGAAUCUGCCUAUUGUCUUAUGUUCAAUAGGGCUAUUGGGUUUGCUCCCUACGGCGUUUACUGGCGGACACUUAGAAGAAUUGCUGCCACUCACCUCUUCUGUCCGAAACAGAUUAAGGCUUCGGAAACUCAAAGGUUGGAAAUUGCUAAUCAGAUGGUGGCAAUAUUUCGAGCACGAAAGAGUGAUUUUCAUGUUCGGGAUUCAUUGAAACUGGCAUCUCUUAAUAACAUGAUGUGCUCUGUAUUUGGACUAAAAUACAAGAUGGAUUCUUAUAAUACUAGUGAGAUGGACGAGUUGAGAGAAUUGGUUGAUGAAGGAUACGAGUUGUUGGGUACACUGAAUUGGUCAGAUCAUCUUCCUUGGUUUGCAGAAUUUGAUGUGCAGAAAAUUCGGUUCAGGUGCUUCAAGCUGGUUGCCAGAGUAAACCGAUUUCUCCGCCGUAUUAUUGACGAGCGCAAGGCUGAAACCGCCAUGCUCCACCGUGAUUUCUUGGAUGUCUUACUGUCUCUUCAAGAGCCCGAUAGAUUGUCAGAUUCCGACAUGCUUGCUGUUCUUUGGGAAAUGAUAUUUAGAGGAACCGAUACUGUGGCAAUUUUGAUUGAGUGGAUAUUGGCAAGAAUGGUGUUGCACCCGAAUGUUCAAGAAAGGGUUCAUGAUGAAUUGGACAAGGUUGUCGGAAGGUCGAGUGAGGUGACGGAGUCGAGUAUUACGCAAAUGGUGUAUCUAGCAGCAGUUGUGAAGGAAGUAUUGCGAUUGCACCCUCCGGGCCCACUUCUCUCGUGGGCUCGCUUGGCUAUUAAGGAUUCCAUUGUGGAUGGUCAAAACCAUGUAGACCUCUCCGAAGUGCUAGGGCUCUCUUGUGAAAUGGCUAGCCCACUUAAGGUUAAGGUCCGACCCAGGCGAGGUUAG